GGCCUGUCGGGGCAUCCUGCGGACCUCGAGAAGCGCGGGCAGGCGUUCGGCCAGAACUUCAUCCCCCCGAAGAAGGCCAAAACCUUCCUGGCGCUGGUGUGGGAGGCGCUCCAGGACGUCACCCUAAUCAUCCUGGAGAUCGCUGCCAUCAUCUCCCUGGCCCUGUCCUUCUACCAGCCACCAGGGGAUGAGACCGAAGCCUGCGGGAACGUGCAAAGUGGCGCGGAGGACGAGGGCGAGGCGGAGGCGGGCUGGAUCGAGGGGGCGGCCAUCCUGCUGUCUGUCAUCUGUGUGGUGCUGGUGACGGCCUUCAACGACUGGAGCAAGGAGAAGCAGUUCCGCGGGCUGCAGAGCCGCAUCGAGCAGGAGCAGCGGUUCGCCGUGGUGCGCAAUGGCAACGUCAUCCAGAUCCCCGUGGCUGAGAUGGUGGUUGGGGACAUGGCCCAGGUUAAAUACGGUGACCUCCUGCCAGCCGAUGGUAUCCUGGUUCAAAGCAACGACCUGAAGAUUGAUGAGAGCUCCCUAACGGGGGAGUCUGAUCAUGUCCGCAAGUCUGCCGAUAAGGACCCAAUGCUCCUCUCUGGCACCCAUGUGAUGGAGGGCUCGGGGAGGAUGCUGGUGACGGCUGUGGGAGUGAACUCUCAGACUGGGAUCAUCUUCACUCUGCUCGGAGCCGGAGAGGGAGAGGAGGAGAAGAAGGAGAAGAAAGGCAAGCAACCAGAUGCGGCAGUGGAGACCAAUCAGAAUAAAGCCAAGAAGCAGGACGGAGCCGUUGCCAUGGAGAUGCAGCCUCUGAAGAGCGCGGAAGGCGGCGAGGUGGAGGACGGCACGAAGAAGAAAACCAGCGUGCCCAAGAAGGAGAAGUCCGUCCUGCAGGGCAAGCUGACCAAGUUGGCCGUGCAGAUAGGCAAAGCAGGUCUGGUCAUGUCGGCCAUUACGGUGAUCAUCCUGGUUUUGUACUUUGUGAUUGAGACGUUUGUGGUGGAAGGCCGUCAGUGGCUUGCGGAGUGCACACCAGUCUACGUUCAGUACUUUGUGAAGUUCUUCAUCAUCGGAGUGACUGUGUUGGUGGUGGCUGUACCCGAGGGCCUGCCCCUGGCUGUGACCAUCUCUCUCGCUUACUCUGUGAAGAAAAUGAUGAAGGACAACAACUUGGUGCGCCACCUGGAUGCCUGCGAGACCAUGGGCAACGCCACAGCCAUCUGCUCCGACAAGACCGGCACACUGACCACCAACCGCAUGACUGUGGUGCAGGCCUAUAUGGGUGACCAGCACUUCCGAGAGGUGCCAGACCCCAGCCAGGUCAACGCCAACAUUCUUGAGACCCUUGUCAGUGCUAUCGCCGUCAACAGUGCCUACACCUCCAAGAUCAUGCCGCCUGAUGUCGAGGGCGGCCUGGCCAAGCAGGUGGGCAACAAGACUGAGUGUGGCUUGCUGGGCUUCGUGCUGGACCUGAAGCGGGACUACGCCCCCGUGAGGGAGCAGAUCCCCGAGGAGAAGCUCUACAAGGUGUACACCUUUAACUCCGUCCGCAAGUCCAUGAGCACCGUCAUCCAGCUGCCUGACCGCUCCUUCCGCCUCUACAGCAAAGGAGCCUCCGAGAUUCUGCUCAAGAAGUGUUCGUCCAUUGUGGGUACCGGUGGCGAUGCGCGUGGUUUCCGACCACGAGACCGCGAGGAGAUGGUAAAGAAGGUGAUUGAGCCCAUGGCUUGCGAAGGCCUCCGGACCAUCUGCAUCGCCUACCGGGACUUCCCUGCCAACCCCGAGCCCGACUGGGAUCAGGAGGCAGACAUAGUCACCGAUCUCACCUGCAUCUGCGUGGUGGGGAUCGAGGAUCCUGUUCGACCUGAGGUUCCCGACGCCAUCCGCAAAUGCCAGCGAGCGGGCAUCACCGUCCGCAUGGUGACAGGCGACAACAUCAACACGGCCCGUGCCAUCGCGGCCAAGUGCGGCAUCAUCCAGCCCGGCGAUGACUUCCUGUGUAUCGACGGCAAGGAAUUCAACCGGCGAAUCAGGAACGAGAAAGGAGAGAUUGAACAGGAAAGGAUUGACAAGAUCUGGCCCAAGCUGAGAGUUCUGGCUCGGUCAUCCCCUACUGACAAACACACUCUAGUCAAAGGCAUCAUUGACAGCACUGUUUUGGAGCAGAGGCAAGUGGUGGCUGUGACUGGAGAUGGAACCAACGAUGGACCCGCUCUUAAGAAAGCAGAUGUAGGGUUUGCUAUGGGCAUUGCCGGUACGGACGUGGCCAAGGAGGCUUCUGACAUCAUCUUGACAGACGACAAUUUCUCCAGCAUCGUGAAAGCCGUGAUGUGGGGGAGGAACGUGUACGACAGCAUCUCCAAGUUCCUGCAGUUCCAGCUCACUGUCAACGUGGUGGCUGUCAUAGUGGCUUUUACAGGGGCCUGCAUCACACAGGACUCUCCUCUGAAGGCGGUGCAGAUGCUGUGGGUGAACCUGAUCAUGGACACCUUCGCCUCCCUAGCUCUGGCCACUGAGCCGCCCACCGAGUCCCUGCUGCUGCGGAAGCCCUACGGCCGCAACAACCCGCUCAUCUCCCUCACCAUGAUGAAGAACAUCCUGGGCCACGGCAUCUACCAGCUCGUCAUCAUCUUCACUUUGCUUUUCGUUGGUGAGAAGAUCUUCAACAUCGACAGCGGCCGCAACGCCCCCCUCCACUCGCCUCCCUCCGAGCACUACACCAUCAUCUUCAACACCUUCGUCCUUAUGCAGCUCUUCAACGAGAUCAACGCCCGCAAGAUCCACGGCGAGAGGAAUGUCUUUGACGGCAUCUUCAGCAACCCCAUAUUCUGCAGCAUCGUGCUGGGAACAUUCGGUAUUCAGAUCGUGAUUGUCCAGUUUGGAGGGAAGCCGUUCAGCUGUGCACCCCUAAAUGUGGAACAGUGGCUGUGGUGUCUCUUCGUUGGUGUAGGGGAGCUUCUCUGGGGACAGUUGAUCGCCACUGUACCAACCCACCGCCUGAAGUGUCUGAAGGAGGCGGGCCACGGGCCGGGCACAGACGAGAUGACGGAGGACGAGCUGGCCGACGACGAGGAGGAGAUCGACCACGCGGAGAGGGAGCUGAGGAGGGGCCAGAUCCUCUGGUUCAGGGGCCUCAACCGUAUCCAGACUCAGAUGAGAGUGGUGAAAGCGUUCCGUAAUGAAGGCAUCGAAAAACCCGAAUCCAGGAACUCCAUCCACAACUUCAUGGCCCACCCCGAGUUUCUCAUCAACGACUUCAUCCACAACAUCCCAUUGAUCGACGACACCGACCUCGAGGAGACAGAGUCUGACCUCUCCAAGCACAACCACCACCUGCACUACCAACAGCAGUACACCAACGUCCACCCGGCUCUGCGUAAGCCCCCACCGCCACCACCCCCCCAGCCACAGCAGCGCACGCGACCCCGCCCCUACCGCCAGUAUAGCCUACCCGUCACCCCCAACCGCAACAACAACAACAACAACGACGCCAUCGAGCACGGGCGGGGGGCCCUCCCGACAAACCCCUCCACCCAUCACUGGACCUCCAUGACCCGACAGCAGGGCUGCCCUCUCCUCAGUCUGGAGACCUCGUUAUGACUGCCACCCCUCCACACUGGGUGACUCGUAUGAAAAAAAAAAAAGAAGAAAUCUAUUUAAAAGUAUUUAAAAACAAAC